AUGGUCUCAAAAGAGUACAUCACCUUUCACAGGGAGUCCACAAAAAGGAAAAGCCAUACAACUGCGAGAUUUGCAAUAAAGGCCUUCCCAUCCAAAAGUGAUUUAGAAAAGCAUGUUGACGUACACACAGAGGGAAGCAUACAAACUGUGAGAUUUGAACAAGGCCUCCCAUAUGAAUCUAGUUUUUUAUUUGGUGAGACACAUGAGAACACAUACAAAGGAGAAAGCCAUUACAAUUGUGAAAUUUGUAACAAAGACUUCUCAAGCAAAUCUAAAGUAGCAAUUCAUAUGAGAGCAUAUGAGAGUGGCAUACAAAAAGAGAAAUCAUACCACUGUCAGAUUUGCAAUAAAGACUUCUCAGAAAAUCGAACUGAUAAUCCACAUGAGAGGUACACAGAAAAGAGAAAGCCAUACAGCUGUGAGAUUUGCAAUUAA